AUGCUCACACACACGUCCCGCACUCUGACAUUCGAAAUCUCACUAUGGUUCGCCUCAAAGACUUUAGCAAAGCCUACGUCUACCACACGUCUCCCAAGCCAGAGCAGCAUCGCCAAAGCCUACCGAUUCCGACGUCUGUGCCUUUGUGACCUGUCUCCGCCAAAUAGAAGCAAACCAAAGCAGCCACAAAGAGGACUCGACAUCUUCUUCGCAACCUCUGCAAGCACCAGCAUGCUCUUGCUCUUCCAUCGCUUGAUGCUGCCAAUAAACACACCGUCGUCGUCGCCACCACGCUCGAGCGUACUUCCUGCCAAUGUCCAGUACAUGCCGAUUACAAACACAACAUUCAUACUCGCCACUUCAAGCUCUGCAGCACUCCCACAGAAACACCACAUGCGUCGCAAAGCAGGACAAACCAAGCAGCUCAAACGUGUAAUGCAAGCGCAGUCGCGCAGAACGCACUUCACUCCCGUCGCCGCUCAGGCCCACCAUCCUCGGAAAACAUGCUGUGCCAAAGCUCGCUACAGCCAGGUGCACGUGAUGUCGUGUCCCUCGACGAUACUCAAAUGUCAACAAUUACGUGCCGCAUCGCAGUUCCUUCACAGCUUCAUACCUGAGCGCCUGCACCGCGAAACCCGCGUCUCCAUAUGCCGCCACAUCCGCUGUUCCUCCCGUCGCUGUACAGCUGUCAAAUCCCAAACAACACUCACGAAAGAUCCGUCAUCUUCCACCACUCCCAGCCGCACCCUACCCAGUGCUACUCAAAUUGCUCCAUAG